CCUCCAUAUGUGAACAUGAACAGCUGCCAAAUGCCCCCCCCUUACGUAAAAAAGAUGCUACCUAUAAAAGAGACGGCAGCCGCAGAACUUCACUGCAACCCGGGAAGACGUACAGGGACACAAAGGAACAUGAAUCCCAUCCAGAUGUUGGGCCUCACGCUGCUGUGCGCGCUGUCCGCCAGCGGUCAGGUCAUCAUGCCCGGCAGAUGCCCGGAUGCUGCCGUCCAGGAGAAGUUUGAUGCUGCGGCGUACCUCGGUAAAUGGUUCGAGAUCCAGAAGCUGCCAAACUCCUUCCAGAAGGGCCAGUGCAGCACGGCUGAGUACAGCCUGCAGAGCCCCGGCGUGGUCGGCGUCCUCAACAGAGAGCUGCUGAACAACGGCACCAUCUACGCCCUCACCGGCACAGCCAAGCCCAGCCCCACCGAGCCUGCCAAGCUGAUGGUCACCUUCUUUGAGAACAACCCUCCUUCCCCCUACUGGGUUCUGUCAACCGACUACACCAACUUCGCGCUGGUCUACAGCUGCACUGACCUGGAGCUGAUCCACACCGACUUCGUCUGGAUCCUCAGCCGGACCCCCAGCCUGCCCCAGGAGACCCUGGAGAAGCUGCAGAACAUCCUGAUCUCCAUCGGAGUCAGCGCCGACAAGCUGCUGACCACCAACCACGACCAGGAUUACUGCAGACCCAUGGGCAACUGAAGCUGCUCGGGAGCAGGAAUAAACCACGGUCCUUGAACGCAG